UUCUGGAUGCGAGUCAUAGACAAAAUUUUUCAGUUAUCAAGAAGUUGCAUUUAUUGUUUGCUCUCGACAUUAUAAGAUAAAUAACUAUUCAAAUACUACUAUGUCUGCUCAAAGUGGGAUACUAGACCAGAUAUUGUUGGAGGAUAUUGCCAGACAUUGUCCUCAUCAAUUCUUAGCUUUUCAUAAUUGUAUGUCAAAGCCAGAUCCAGACCCGGAGUUUUGUGAUACUCAACAACGUCAACUUGCUUCAUGUAUUAAAACUGUUGUUCCUUCAUUUCAAAGAAUACAAACUCAAUGUGUUGCUAAGUUGAAUGCUUAUGAAUCAUGUCUCAAAUCAAAUAAUAGUAAGGCUGAAAAAUGUUCGCCUGAAUUACAAUCAUUAAGAGACUGCGCUCUUGGAAGUUUAAAUAAAUGAUGAAUGUUAUGAUUUUAUUAUGAUAUGAUAAUAUGACGG